AUGGCGGUCGCCCCCGAGGAGCUCGUCCGCUUCUGCCAGCUGCUGCGGGCCCUGCUCUGCGGGCACAACGAGCAGCGGCGGGAGUCCGAGCGGCUGUACCAGGAGACCAAGCAGUGCGACCCGGACCGGCUGUGCAGGUGCCUGAUCACCGUCCUCACCAGCGCGCCCGAGGACACGCUCAGGCAGCAGAGCGCUGUGCUCCUGCGGCAGUGCCUGAAGGCGACGCGCGCGGACUUCGUCUGGCCCCUGCUGCCCGCGGAGACCAGGGAGGCUAUCAAGUCUGGGCUCCUGACCGCCAUGCGCGGCGAGCAGGUCCGGUCGACGCGGCACAAGGUGUGCGACGUCGUCGCGGUGCUGGCCAGCCACGUGCUGGACUCCAGCACCACCCCGGGCGGUUGGUCGGAGGUCGGUCCGGCGCUGUACGAGCUGAUGGAGGCGCAGAGCAGCGAGCAUCGCGAGAGCGCCCUGCACGUCGUCAGGGAGAUGAUGGCCGUCAACCCGCCCGUCGUUCAGGCGCUGGUGGGCGGCAGGAUCCCGAGCGUCCUGCAGGCGUGCCAGGCGGACCCGUCCGCGUACGUGCGGAAGGAGCGCGGUGCUCCUCUUCGCGGCGGCGCUGGAGCACCUGCCGCAGGGCGAGUGGCAGGCCUCCCGGGUGCGGCCCGCAGGGCGCUCGUGGUGGGACGGGCGGAGCCGCGUUGGCGCGGCUCGGACCAUUUGAUCUCAAGCUGA